AUGCCUGCGCCCAGAUCCAGCCCAAGGUGCAGCAGUUCCUUCAGGCAAGCCCGAAAGUUGGCGUUCGACUGUCUCCAAACAGUGCCGAACAAGCCCGGCCCAGCCAAGGACUUGGUCAAGAGUCUGAAGUCCUACGUGCAAUGGCAGUCGACGCUGGCUUGGCUCAAGUCGCCGCCGGCGUCCUACAUGCUGCCGGCUACCGACAUCCAAGGCGGCCUUGACGACAUCGAGAAGAAGGCCGAAGCCGGCCAGUACAAGAGCGAAUACGACUUCCAGCUUGCCAUCUUCCAGCUGAUUGCCUCGGCUCACGAUGGCCACUUUGCCUUCCGCGGCGAUGUGUUCAAGGGCUUUAGCUUCCGCAAUAAACUCGCCGCGGACAUUGUCUCCGUGUCUCGCGACGGUGUCGAGGCUCCCAAGCUGUACCACCUUGCUCAACUUGAUAACAAUGCGUCGGCCCCCGCCAUCGUUAGAAUCAACGGCCGAGACGCCGUCACGCUCAUUUCUGACCUCAACCUGAAGUUCAGCGGCUACCAGGACCCCGACUCGCAGUGGAACGCCAACUUCAAGUCCUACGCCAGCAAGGAGAGCCUCCUCGUCGUCGCUGCCUCGCUUGCUUUCCAGGGCCCCAAGGUGACCAUUACCUACGAUAAUGGCGAGGAGCGCUCCGAGGACAGUUUCGCGCUGAUCCGCCAGGGCGCCAACUUCACCGGCGUCAACAGCGGCGAGGACUACUACAACAAGUUCUGCAACCCCGACACCGCGCCCAAGCCCACGCCCUCAAACCCAGCCAUGAUGCCGAACCAAACGAACCCCAACCCGCCCAAGACCACCGGUCCCCCGCCGCCUCCCCAGCCGACCAUCGAAGGCUACCCCUUCCCUGUGGUCCGCGACAGCGGUUCCAACAGCACGGCCGGCUAUUUCUUGAACGGAACCGGCUACGACGAUGUCGCUGUGCUCUCCGUCACGUCUUUCGGUCCCCCGGAUUCGAUUGACGCCGUUGAGUAUUUGACCAACUUCCAGAGCACCGUGGCCUCGUUCUUGGCAAAGAGCAAGGAGGCGGGCAAGAAGCGUCUCGUGAUUGAUGUUGCAGCCAACGGUGGUGGCUUCGUGGUCGCUGGAUACGAGCUAUUCGCCCAGCUUUUCCCCGAGGUCGUCCGUUUCCAGGCUGACAACCUCCGUUUGUCGGAAGGCCUCGUCAACUUGGGUCGCCUCACGGCCGCCAUCCCCGCCAACUUCACUCCAUCAACGCCUGAGGAGCGAGAUGCUCUCGAGUCCUUGAGCAGCAGCUCCGUCGUUAGCAAUCUCCUCCCCGGCGGUGUUUUCACCCCGGACCAGCAGGCCUUCACAACGGUCGACCAGAUCUUGGCGCCUGUUUCCCUCAACGGCGACAGCUUCACUGCCUACCAGCAGGCGCCUCUUAACCAGACCGACCCUGGUUAUAACCUCACCGGUGUCGGCACCAAGGCGAACCCGCCCCCUCGCGUCUUCGACCCCGAGAACGUGGUCCUCUUCACGGACGGAACUUGCGGCUCCACCUGCACCAUCUUCUCCUAUCUCUUGAUCCUGCAGAUGGGCAUCAAGACCACCGUCAUCGGCGGCCGCCCCAACACUGGUAUCAUGCAGUCCGUCGCCGGCGUUGAGGGCGCCCAGGUAUUCGCGUUCAACGACAUCACGUCCGACGCCAAGGCCAUCCUUGCCCUCACCCCCAAGGACAAGAAGGAAGAGAUCAUGAACGGCGAGCUCGGCGAGCUGGCCAAGGGCUACGCCAUCAAGCGUGCGACGACCCCCAAGAGCGCCGGCGCCGUCAACGCCAAGAACGCCUUCUCCAUGUCCGACGCAAGGACGCCGCUGCAGUUCCUCUGGGAGCCGGCCAACUGCCGCAUCUUCCACACGCACGAGUCUCUGUUCAAGCCCGAUAUCGCGUGGAAGCGCGUCGUUGACGCGACCUGGAGCAACCCCAUGCAGUUCUGUGUCGCGGGCAGCCAGGUGCCGGUGACCAAGAACGCGACCAUGGACCCUCUGUUCAGACAGAGCCAGAACAACACCGGACUGCCUGGCAGCGACGCGGCCGCUCUGGGCAUGUCCGGCGCUGGACUUAGACUUGCCGUUCUCAUUGCGGUGUGCACGGUCGCGGUAUUGAGUCUAUAG